AUGGCGGAGGUGGUCGGUACUGCAUCAGCUAUCGCGACCUUCGUGACACUUGCUCUCCAGUCUUCUAUAGUCCUUUACCAAACAGUUCAAAGCCUGCAAUCGCGGGACAAGGUGAUUCGUGAGCUUCGCCAAGAAUUAGAAGCUCUUCAGGGAGUGCUUCAGGCUCUCCAAGAAUCGACCGGUAAUCUCGAUGUCGAUCUCGCAUCGCUUGAACAGCCUCUCAAGCGGUGCAAUAAUGCUUGUGAGGAGUUCAAUACCCUUAUCAGGAGAUGCACCUCACAUUCUACUGAAGACCGAAGUAGUAGAAGAGACUGGGUCAAAUUGAGAUAUAUGGGAGAAGACAUUUCCGGUUUCAAGAACAUGUUGGCGGGGUAUAAAUCAACCAUUUCAAUUGCCCUUGCAUAUGCAAACUUGCGCACAACAAAGACUACGAGGCUUGUACUCGAGGAAUAUAAAGAACUCAUCGAGAAUACAAAAUAUGAUCUAGAAAGUCAUUUGCAUGAUAUCCGGGCACGACUACAAACCGCAUGCUCUCAAGGCUCUGUGGUUUCCGGUGCUGGAACAGCCGAAAUCCAAAUGAUGGAGGAUGAAAAGAACAGCACACAAAAGAGCUUGGAUAUCUGUGAGCAGUUCCUUGGGUUUAUAGACCAGGCUCGACCUAGUCUAUUGGGUGAUGUAGGACAAUCCUCGAGGCCUUUCAGUCAUACGCCUUUGUCUGCGGCUCCUACCCUAUCAUGGUUGAUCAAUGCGGAAGGGCUCAAUUCUGCACAGAAGGAAAUUACGAGUUGGAAACUACGGCUGCUCCAGCAUAUGUAUGGAGUUGGUCAAAAUAUGCAGGGACAACAACGCUACCUGCCUAACGUGGCUGAGGAGCAGACAUCUGCAGAACAAGAUUUCAGGGAAGAAUUAAGCGGUACUGAAGACCUAUUGGCAUUCUGCAAGCAAGCUGAGGAAGAAGCGAAUCGACCCCGAACUCACUACUUUGAGGACAUCAGCACUGGUGACAACAGCCGGCAAGCUAUUGUCACUACCCUCGAAGAUCUUAUAUCUGCGAAGCGCGUGAAGUCUGGCGAUAGCUCAUAUCAGGCGCUUGGCAGAAUGUCGGAUGAGAGUAUACAAUCUUUUUUCCGGGGCGCCGAGCCUGGUGCUAAUGCAAAUGACCAAGCCAAGCAGAAGGGAGAGUAA